CAUCGGACCACCCGCUUUCUUCACCUGCCACCAUGAUUCCGAGCCCAAGCUCUUCGCCGCGACCCGUAUUUCAAAACCGAACAAAUUUUAAUGAAUCUAGUCGACCUAGAGCGAAAUAUCAACAGAGGCUUUCCUUCGCGCUACCCACACCCCCGAAAUGUAGUGAAUUGAAGAGAUCCGUGCAAGGGCCAAACUCUCUGCAAAGUCGUAAAAGGGCUAGACCUCUUGAAGAUGAGAAUGUCUGUGAAGAAGAUGGAAUGCCGCAUGUUCCCUUUCGUAGGGAAAGGAUUCGUGGGACCACUCACUCUCGUGGAUAUCUCGCGAUACAUGCAGGAAGUAGACCACACGAUGUAUCUACGCGACAUAUUCUUGAAUCAUUUGUCUCGCAUAACAAACGCGAUGUCUACAAAUGUCAGUCCGCGGGCAUCGAUUACCAUUUGACGCUACCCUAUUCAUGCUCAUAUUCACAUGCGGCGCAGCGUGGCGAGUCCACAUUAUUGGCAGUUUCUACAGAACAAGGGACCAUUCACAUCAUAAACACAACUAAGGGAGAUCCUUGGGACCCUGAGCCUCUUCACACGACAAUACAAGCCCACGAUAACGGCGUCUUCGACGUCAAAUGGGACGAAUCUGAUAAACGCCUUGCCACCGCUUCUGCCGACCAGUCAGCCCGGAUUCUCUGCCUUUCUACCAACACUGUCCUUCAUCGUUUACGUGGCCAUACCAGUGCCGUAAAAUCCAUAUCAUGGGAUCCUUCUAACCCAAAUUUGCUCAGCACCGGCGGCAAAGAUGGGACCAUAUGCCUUUGGGACCUUCGAGUCGGUGAAGGUCGUAUAGACGGCGAGUCGCUUCCACCUAUCUUAUCCAUUCACGGAGCGCAUGAAGAACCGGCUCCCUUGGGAAAGAGCAAGACGCGGCGAAAAUCUACACCGUCUACUAAGACAGUCACAAAUCUGAUCUAUAGUGAUACCUCACCACAUAAUCUGGUCAGCAGUGGCUCUUAUAAUGGAAUUUUGCGCUGCUGGGAUGUUCGAUCCCUGACGAGUUCGAAGAAGAUACUCAAAUAUAAACUACAUAAGCCUCUCUUCGUUUCAACCGAGGAUCCUACAAUUUUUCAUGGCUCGCGUCGUCCAAGGGGGAUAAUUAGUCUUGCAGAAGGCUCAGGUCCUACAGCUGGACUUCUCUUUGGACUAGGUGCUGAUUCUCGCGUACACACAUACACCCGGUCAUCGUUGUUACCAAUGUCCAAUAGCUACGCUCACGAGCGGAUGCAGACGAACUCCUUUUAUAUCACUCUGGCUAUGUCGCCGUGCGGACGCUGGCUUUCCUCUGGGAGUACGGGUCGAGGAAGUGCUUUUUUGUAUGAUGUUCAUAGUGCCUGGCAACCUUUCGCCAUGGAAGAGAAAGGUGUCGAGCUCCAAGGCCAACAAGGCGAUAUAGGAGGGGUAGCUUGGUGUAGUGAUGGACUGGUAACUGGCGCUGAUGAUGGAACCGUUAGGGUGUGGAGACCUGAUGUGGACGCGUAUCAUCAUUGUCUGGAGCACCCCGAUGAAAAGAGAUGGCACUGGAGUUGGUCAGUGCAGAGUUAAACUAAUAAUGUAUUUUGAUUUGUAGACAUCAUUUGAGACGGCAUUUAACUUCUGGAUAAUGUUCA